GAGAGAUAGAGAGAGAGAGAGAGAGACAUUUAUAUUCAUAUUUCAUUGUUACAAUAUUGUUACAAUGAGUCCUAGACAACUCCAUGACCAAUACGUAAACAAAGAAUUACCCAAUAAUGGCACGAUUCCAACACCAUUGAAGAUCAAUAAAGACUCACAUUUCAUCAAGAAAUUGCCAUCUUCGUCGUCGUCGAUUAUCAAUGGUGUCGCGUCCAAGCCACCUCAGCCGCGCUAUCCCGUCAUCAUUUACACGCAUUCUCCAAAGGUGAUUCACACGCACCCUCGAGAUUUCAUGGCAUUGGUGCAAAAGCUCACCGGGUACUCACCCUCCGAAUCCGAGGAUGAACCUGCGAACCUCAAACCUGAAAGCAACGACGGAUAUAGCGACGAAAAUGUUAAGAAAAAUGUGAUCAAUGAUGAUAAUGAGUCUUCCUCAGUUGUGACAGAUGAGAAUAUCAAUGGUAGCAGCUGUACUUUCGGAGAUUCCCAGGUUAAUUCGCGGUUCGUUCCUCCAAAUCCCGGAUUCAAUAGUUUACCUUGUUUUCAUCCGAAUUCGACUAAUAUAUUAUCAUCAGCUCCACCAUUUUAUAACGACACAGAUUCAUUGACGUUCAUGCAUAAGAUGAGAAGCUCUUUUUCAACUUCUACACUGGAUGCUAUGAAGGAUUUGCCAGAAUUUUGAAUAAAUUAGGAUAGGAUUUUGAUGCAGACUAUAACUAAAAAGAUUGAAUUUGGAUUUUCUUUUCAUGAAACUGUUUAAUGAUUCUGUCAGUGAUGAGAGUUCUGGAGAAAAAAUUUCAGAUGAUUAACUUUAAAUAAUCAUUU